CUAGCUGUCAAAGGGACAGCCUAGCUUCAAACAUGGCCCGACCCCGAGCUGCUGCUGCUUCUGACAGCCUCUGAAUAAUAUCAACGUUUCGCUCAUUUUAUUUAAAGCCAUGCUGCGGACACUGUGUCGGGCCGGUGGCGCCGUUUUAAAGACCUCCCAGCGUGCAGCGCCCAGGUUGUGGGCGACCCUGGCCCAGCAGCGAUGGGCCUCCCGCCUGCCCAUGAACACCGUGGUGCUGUUUGUGCCGCAGCAGGAGGCUUGGGUGGUGGAGAGGAUGGGACGCUUCCACCGCAUUUUAGAGCCGGGACUGAACCUCCUCAUUCCCAUACUGGACCAGAUUCGGUACGUGCAAAGCCUGAAGGAGAUCGUCGUCGACAUCCCUGAGCAGUCAGCUGUGUCCCUCGAUAAUGUGACGUUGCAAAUUGACGGAGUCCUGUACCUGAGAAUCUUAGAUCCUUAUAAGGCCAGUUACGGAGUUGAAGAUCCAGAGUAUGCAGUGACUCAACUGGCACAAACCACAAUGCGCUCAGAGCUGGGCAAACUCACACUAGAUAAAGUGUUCAGGGAAAGGGAGUCUCUUAACUUGAGCAUGGUCCACUCCAUCAACCAGGCGUCAGACGAGUGGGGAAUCCGCUGCCUGCGUUACGAAAUCAAAGACAUACAACUUCCAAAUCGUGUUAAAGAGUCCAUGCAGAUGCAGGUGGAGGCAGAGCGCAGGAAGCGAGCCACGGUGCUGGAGUCUGAGGGGACUCGGGAAGCUGCCAUCAACGUCGCCGAGGGUAGCAAGCAAGCCCAGAUCCUGGCUUCAGAGGGGGAGAAGGCCGAGCAGAUCAACAAAGCUGCUGGUGAGGCCCAGGCUGUGUUGGCCAAAGCAGAAGCCCAAUCCAAGGCCAUCCGUCUGCUGUCAGAGGCUCUGGCUGAACAGAACGGGAACGCUGCAGCCUCACUGAGUGUUGCAGAGCAGUACGUGUCGGCUUUCUCCAACCUCGCUAAAGAAUCCAACACGGUGCUGCUGCCGUCCAACACCGGAGACGUCAGUGGGAUGGUCACGCAGGCCAUGACAAUUUACAGCACGCUGUCCAAACCGAGGCUAAAACGCGACGGCAUAAAGACCAAGACAGAGGAGCCGAUUGAAGAGCCUCCCGUCCAAUCAGCAUCGACUCAGUAGCGGAGGACGCCGUCGCCGCUGUAAAAGGGAGGAAUCGGUUUUCCACAGUUGCGGAGUACAAUGGCGCUGCUGUGUGGAGAGCCUGUCUGCUGUAAAGACGCUCAAUCUGCUGCUGAGCACAGGAUGUCGAGGGACACCGGCAGCAUUCGACGCACAGAGACGAUGCUGAGCGGAGACAGAAACCGACCCAUAUGUUAUGUAACUUGUGUCGGUCAGGUGACGAUCCUGAACUAAAUCCACUGUGCUGUGAAUUUCAUCUGCCAGCCUCUAAAGCUGCUGCAGCUGCGUCAUCGCCUCAUUGCUUCUCCAGUGACGUUCGGUAAAUUAUACAGACGUGAUCAGACAGUUUUAGGCCGCAAAAUGUGUCUCUGCAUCAGUCGCAUCAAUCUGUCGUCGGUCUAGUCGCUCAAUAUUUAAAUAUACAAUUUCAAAAGCAGUUGUGGUUUGGGAGGAUGGAGAAGGAACUGAGGGAAAUUGUAGCCACAACAAAAUAAAAGUUUGAUCCGUA